AGUGACGACAGGUGCCGCUGGCUUCACCUGAGUGAAAAGAAUUUAGGCAACACUAUUGCGUGUCAAACGAGUUAGCGAGGUACAUGGUGGUGACAUAAUGUGUGUAACACUGGCAGAUAAUAUUAUCUAGACAAGUUUACAAUCAGAACACCGUUAGCGAAGACGGUGGUUGCCAGAUAGCAGGAGAACCGAUCCAGAGCAAGUACCCUGUACUUGGCUCGCGUUAACGCAACAGCGCCGUGUGUAGGACUAGCUUUAGCUUGCUAGCUACUGCUUCUGAUGGCGAAAAACACUCUUUCGUCGCGAUUCAGGAAACUCGACAUAGAUGAAUUUGAUGAGAACAAAUUCGUUGAUGACCACGAUGAGGCUGUCGAUAAUCAGGGACCGGACGGCACGGAGAUAGAAAACCUCAUCAGGAUAGGUGACACGAUGACCGCUUUUCACCUUGCUCUGCGGAACCCUCCUCUCAACACUAAGAAUCCAGCAGUAAAGGAAAGGGCUCUGGCAAUAGUGCUGAGAGUGUUGACAUCAUUUAAGUCAAGUGAUAUUGAGCCAGCCGUCAAGUCUCUUGACAGAAGCGGGGUGGACCUGCUUAUGAAGUACAUAUAUAGAGGCUUCGAGAAGCCCUCCGACAAUAGCAGUGCCAUUCUCCUACAGUGGCACGAAAAGGCUUUCGCAGUUGGGGGCUUAGGGUCAAUCGUACGAGUUCUGACGGCCCGAAAGACCGUUUGAAGGGAGCGGCCUUAUCACGUGGAGUGUCUCGGAUGACCACUGGCAAGAGGAGUGACUGCCUUCUGUGGAAGGGAAAGUAGAUUAUCACAAUUUCUUACUGAAAAAAACCCAAAACACUACAUAAGUUAAAGACAAAACACAAAGGGAACAUUUAUUUUUAGUUUGAAAAUGUAUAAGAAUGGGAUGGGAUAGCUGUAAUUUAGGAAAGGAUAUGUGUUCAUGUAUAGGAUUAUCAUUUUUACCCAAUCACGAGAUAUUUGCUCGUUCUUUAUUGCAUUUCUGUUCUAAUGCCAUUGAGAAGCAUCAGCAUGUUUCUUUGAGGGUGGGGAAGGAAGGAAAAGAGACAUGAACAUGGCCGGUCAGAGGAAGGGUAUACAUUAAGUGGUACUGGACCUUUAUACCAGUGUGUGUGUGUGUGUGUGACAUUCAGUGUGCUUGCAAGUGUAUGCCUGAUAUGUUAGUGUAGUAUUUCAUUUUUUUUCUCAUUGUCAUUUUUGUACAGACAAAGUACAUUUUAAUAUAAAGAGAUUGAGAUUCAAUUAAUUGGUAUACAGGGUGGGGUAUAUUGAACUAUGGGGGAAUUUUGUUGUGAAGUGCCUGCUGCAAUAAAACUGGAAACAAG